UACUGUGAGAUUGUUAUUUAUUCAUUGAAAUUUUAUAGUUAGUUAAUUUAAAAUUUAAUUGAAUAUUUUGACGCUUUAUUAUUGUCCUUUUCGUGGGUGAUAAUUAAAUAACGAUAAAAUAUCAUUUUAAAAUAAGUUAUUACUAUUAAUCUAGGAAGUUUUUUUAAUAGUUGUAUAACAUUUAAAUUAUUAAUUAGUCUAGGUUCAUAAAUCAGAUUAUAAAAAAGUAUAUUAUACGGAGAACUUGUUGUAAUUUAAAUAAAUAUGUGUAUGUGAUAUUAUAAGAAAUGAAUUGUUUAUAUUGUGAAGUGAUUAACCUUCGAACAGGAUAAUUUCGUCAUUGUCAAAAUCUCGUAAAAAUGAUUUCUUAUCGAGAACGUUCUCCACAAAGUGCAAAUUCAGUGAGACGAUUUCCUAUUUCAAAAGUUUUUCAAUCAUUUUGUACAUUAUACAUACAUAUUAUUGUUUGAUACAAUGGAAUAUGAAAUAAUUACGUUAGUUCUUCAAGAUAAUCGCUUCGAAGUCGAUAAAACAAAACUUAUUAAUAAAAGUCAUUAUUUCGAAUGCCUUUUUUCUCCACAUUUUUACAAUACGCCAAAAAAAGAACAUAUUAUUAAUUAUAAUAUUGAUCUAUUCACCUUCCAGAAUUUCAUCGAAUGGAUUCAAGAUGAUACAGAGAUAUCAAUGGAAUGUAGCUAUUUUGUUAAAUCUUCAAUGUUGAAAUAUAAAACGGAAAACAUUAAAGAUCUUUUGAAUUUAUUAGAAUUAGCUGUACUUUUCUUGGUUGAUAAUUUAAUAAAUGAUAUAACCGAUAUUAUCGUACUGUAUUGGUUAAAGUCAAAUAAUGUCAUUGAUAUCUGGUUAUUGGCAAAAGAUUUGGCUGUACAACCAUUGAGCGAUAUCUGUUUGUCUGUAUGCUUGGAUCGUUUUAUGGAUUUACCCAUUAAUGUUUUAAUCGAACUAUCUAUUAACAAUUUCAAAGAGUUAAUUCAAAAUAAUAACAUUAGGUCAACACAGAAAUACUUGCAUUAUGUAUUGCAGGAAUGGACAAAUAAUAAUAAGGAUUCUACAAUUAAUAAUAUCCAAAUAAAUAUUGCUGGGACAAGAAGAAUUGAAUGGGUGCAAUAUGUAAUUGGAUACGAAAUAGAAAAUUAUGGUUAUAAAAAAGAAUAUAUUUGUUGUUGGAAUGAUAACCAAUUUUCUAAAUUAGUAGAACUAAAGUAUUUAAAAGUUUGUGGAAGGGAUUUAGUUGGUCAGCAAAUUACUGGCAGAGGAUUUAGUAUAUAUCUUGCUGGUGGAGAAUUCGGUUUAGGAACAGGUCAAUUUAAUGAAACCAUUUGGCGAUAUUGUCUUAUAGCUAAAAAAUGGUAUUACUUUGCAAGACUUCCUUACCCAAGAAGACAUAUGGUCCUCGGAUUUAUAGGUAAUAAUUUAAUUGUGGCAGGUGGUGUAUCACGUCAUCGUGUAAAAGUACUGAAAGUUAUAAUGUUGAACAUAUAUACAGGCCAAUGGAAACGAACUACAAAUAUACCUGAAUGGUUUACCGAAGUUCCUCCUCAUACUUUCGUGAAUAAAAAAUUACUUUUGUUGCAAACAUCUCUUAACAUAUUCGAUUCUGAACUUGAAUCAUGGAAGAUUGUUACCUUAAAUAAUAUUAUUAUGCCUCCAAGAUAUCGUUCAUCUCUUAUAGUUUAUGGAAUAGUAAUAUUUAUAAUCAAUAAUAAUGAAAUAGUUUUGCAUAAAAUUAGUAAUGUACAAGAAAAAAUAUGUGAUGAUUGCUUACAAUUGUACAAGGAUCAUACAAUGGUACAUACUAUGAGUGAUGAAUAUCUAUUAGAAGAAGAAUUUAUUCCUGACAUAGGUGUUUUGUCGAUAUUAUCCAAAGUGUGCGAAUCAUGUAAUUAUUCAUAUUUACAAAGAGAUGAUGAAAUAAAAAAUGAUUCACUGGGACUAACUUUAACUCCUAGGGUAGGAAGUUUUUGUACAAUUAAUCCAAGUACAUUGCAUUGUAUAUCUACAUGAGGUAAUUUAUAAUAUACUUUUUUAUUAUAAUUUAUAUUUAAACACCAAUGUUAAGUUUACCUUAGAUAAAAUAAUAUUCAUU